GGAAACCUUUGAAGGCACAGCGGAACUCAACAAACAUGGCAGGCAUGUGUGCGCAAGGUGAAUUUUGAAUGACUCAUGCCCUGUGCGGUGAUACUCGUGAGAUCCUGUGCGUAUAAAAAAAUCAGAGUAAAGGCCCCGUAUAUAUAACCGCUGAACUGUCUUCAGUGACCUUACGAGGUACAAGCUCCUUUUCUGGCCUCUCAGAUGUGCUCUUGCGUCGUGCCCGUGAGGUGCGGAUAAGCAUGCAAACACAAGACCGCCGCCGAUAAGCCAGCAUGGAGGUUCCCUGAAUGAACGACAAGAUGCCUCUGCGAGAGAAACACAGCCUGAUGGAUGUUUCUAAUACGAAAGAAGGCAGAGGAACGCUUCAUCUUGAAACUGACGUGGAGCUGCUUGCAAGUCAUUGAAAUCAAAAACUUUUCGACGCCUGGAAAUGACAUUAUUGCCUGAAAGGAGAAGUAAGACUUUGCGCAGCUUGCUGCCUGCCACCUGAAGUCAUAGCACAUAAGAGACGAGGUUGCAAGACGCCAUGGAGGAGAAGCGUGUGGCAGACUACUUUGUGGUGGCUGGGCUUCCUGCCAACCCGCGGCCCCUGGAAGAGGACUGCGUAGCGAUGCAGUCAUCUGGGGCAAGCUACGUGUCCAUGCCCGUGACAGACAUUGCCGUGAUAGUGCGCACCGAGGGCGAGACACCGCCGCCCGGAUUCGAAUGCAUCGAGCAGACUCCGAUGGGAUUCCCGGCCGACCUAAACCACGGCAGCCUCAGGAGUCCCAGCAUAUACCUCUGCUACCGCCGGGGCAGGGACAAGCCUCCACUUGUGGACAUCGGGGUCCUGUACGAAAACAAGCAGCGUGUCAUGGCUGACAGUGAGAUUCUCAAGAAGACACCUUAUGGGAGGCCAGCCAAUGUCAACAACAGUGGCUCUCGAACAUUCCUCACUUUUCGCAGAGCCUCUGAAAAUGCCCCAUGCAAUCAGCUGGUUGUCACCGACCUUUGCGUCAUUCUCGCCAACAAGGGUGAGACGCCUCCCCAUGCAUACUGCAAGAUUGAUCGCAAUCUUAAUAAAGGCAUGGUUGGCUCAGAUGUUUUUCUUUGUUACAAGAAGUCUAUGAAUAGGCCUAGUCUCAUUUGCUACGAGCCAGCUGUGCUGGAGCGUUUCCCACGGGAAGACUAUGCCAGCUUCCCCUUGCCUGAACAAGUGGCUCUCUUCUGCCUUCCCAUGGGUGCCACCAUCGAGGCCUGGCCCAAGAAAGCCAGUCAGCCCAGGCCAACAUUUUCCACCUUUGUGCUAACCCUUGGUUCUGCAGACAAGGUGUAUGGUGCGUCCAUCACUUUCUACGAGCGUUUUCCCGAGGAGCAGCUGACUGAUGCUCAGAAAGCCCAGCUGAGCAGCAGUAACAGGUCAGGCCAGCCCCAGCCAACUGAAGAGGAGGUCUUCUCAGCCAACAAAUCCAUCUGUUUGCUUUCACACUGGCCCUUCUUUCGCACCUUUGAAAAGUUCCUACGCUUCCUCUACCGGCUGUCGUUUGUCAAGAACCCCCGAGUUUCAGUGGAAAGGUACAUCUCUCAUUUCAUGUUGGAUAUCCCAUUUCCUUCUGUACAACGACCGAGGAUAUGGAUACAGCUGGAAGAUGAUCAUAUAUCGUUGUCCCAACUGGAAGACACACCGCUCCCACUCAGUGGUGCAUCCUUCAGGGAGUUUUUGAAGACACUAGCACCCGACAACUGCUUAUGUGUUCUGCUUUUGGCGUUGACUGAGCAGAAGAUGCUGUUUCACUCCUUGCGGCCAGAUGUGCUUACCAGUGUGGCAGAAGCUUUGGUGGCGUUGAUGUUCCCAUUCCAUUGGCAGUGCCCUUACAUCCCACUGUGUCCAUUGGGCCUCUCUGAUGUACUUAGUGCUCCACUGCCCUUUAUUGUUGGCGUGGAUUCAAGGUACUUUGACAUGUAUGAGCCCCCACUCGAAGUGGCCUGCAUUGAUCUCGAUACCAACACCAUCUUCAUUAAUGAAGAAAAAAGUUUUCUCACCCUAAAGCUUCUACCCAAGAAAGCAGCAAGGACAUUACGUGGAAACCUACAAUCGUUGUAUGAGAAGGUUUGCAUGUAUGAAAGCAAUGUUGCCAGCAUCGCGGCUGCGGCUGCACAGAACCCGACUGCAGCUGGUGGUGCCCUGGGGCCUUUUGACCGUGAAAUUGGACUUCACAGGAAGGAGCGUCGUUUGGAGCUGGAAAUCCAAGAGGCGUUCUUACGGUUUAUGGCAGCCAUUCUGAAAGACUUUGGUUCUUACCUGCGACCCAUCACCACAGCUCCAAAGCCAGGUGUCACUGACCCAAAUUCACUGUUUGACAUCAAUGGAUUCCUGAAAAGCAGAGAUCGAGCGUACCAUCGCUUCUAUCAACUGAUGAUGCACACUCAGAUGUUCACCCGUUUCAUCGAAGAGCGCUCAUUUGUCUCGGACAAAGAUGUCAGCUUGGCUUUCUUCGAUGAAUGUACAGAAAGGGUUGAUGCUGCUGGUGAAUCUGCAGAGCAUCUGCUUUUGGAGGUGGCAGGAUCCAUGCAGAGCCACGAGCACACAGUGUUCAUCUCAGCACCCGAACCACCACUGGUGGAUGGCCUGAAUGGGAGCCCUGGUACAUUUGGGGCUCUCAACCCAGCCCUGUUCCACCGGCAGCCCGCUAUGUCACUGCUGCGAGUGGUGCCUGAGUGCCAACCAUCUGCGAGUCCCGUUGCUCGACGCACGAAGCAAGAGGUCAAAUCUGCCCUACGAGCUGCCCGGAUACAAGCUGAAUGUCCUGUUAGCUGGGCUAAGUGUCUUGCUGGCACAAGCUAUAGUGUCUGGUUCAUGCAUCUACCGGCCUACACCAAGACCUUUGCAUCCAAAGCAAAGGCCCUACGUGUAGCUGAUGAAGUGCUGCAGCGCAUGCAGCAAUUGAAGUUACCAGCUCCUGAUGAG